AUGGAGCUUGCGCGAGACGUCGCCUCCGUCCUCACCAGCGAGGAAGUCGAAGAUCUUUUGCGUGAUUUACACUACUUUCUUCCACAAUUGAGAUGUCUGAAGAUUUAUGACGAAGUCGAUGAUGCGAGUGCCUACUCCAGCACUGAAGGGGGGCAUAAGAAGUGGCUGCACGUGGACACGGCUGACAAAG